CUACUACCACGUUUUCAAGCAAAAACAUUCUUCAAUGGCUCCUCUUUCUCUACCUAAAGUUUCUUUCUUUCUUUUACUAAUAACCUUAUCUUUUUACUCUUCUCCUUGUGCUGCCAAAACAAAAUGUUGCAUCACUUCUCUUUACCAACUCGGUGAUUCUAUUGCUGAUGCUGGAAAUGUGAUCCGUAUACCCGAUGCCCACGUCCAGGCCCGAGCCUGGGGACUACCUUACGGUGAGACCUUUUUUAAAAAACCUACCGGUCGCUUCUCUGACGGUCGUAUUAUUGCUGACUACAUUGCCUCUGCUCUGAGCCUCCCCUUCCUCAAUCCUUACUUGGACAAAUCGGGUGUUUCUUUUAGUCAAGGAGCCAACUUUGCUGUUGCUGGUGCCACCGCGCUGAAUAACUCUUUUUGGGCUACUAGGAACGUUACAUAUGUCCCUUUUAACGUUCCUCUCCCUGCUCAAUUAGAGUGGUUUAAAUCUCAUCUCCAGUCAACCUGUGGCACUAACUGUGCACAAACCCUCAGAAACUCUCUUAUAGUCUUGGGGGAAUUCGGUGGAGUCGACUAUUGGAAUAGUCUCGCACAAAAUAAGGGAGAACCUGAAGUCCGGACAUACGUUCCUUUAGUUAUUGAUGGCAUUCUAAGUGCCAUCAGAGAUAUGAUCCAGCUAGGGGCAACUCGCAUUUUGGUUCCAGGAGUUUUUCCAUUCGGAUGUCUAUCUGGAUACCUAACAAGAUUUCCUGACUCUAAUCCCAAUGCUUAUGACCAAUUUGGUUGCUUGAGAUUUUAUAAUCGUUUCGCUACGUACCACAACACUGAACUUAAGAGUGCUCUGCAAAAUAUACAAUGUGAGUUCCCACGUGCUAAAAUCGUCUAUGGGGAUUACUAUGGUGCAUUUAGGACUAUUUUUCGCUUUGCUCCUUGGUUGGGAUUUAAUACGAGCACAUUGGUAUCUCAAUGUUGUCGAUGUUGUGCUGGUGCCGGACAAUGUGUAACACCUGGUGACGGAUUAUGUCCUAAUCCGGCUCAAUACGUCAAUUGGGAUGGCCUUCAUUUGACAGAUGAAGCUUAUCAUCGUAUUUCGGACAUUGUCAUCAAGAACGCCUUUCCAAAAUUUGGUUGUUACGGUCUCGGAGAUUCGGGUGUAUUGUCUAGUUCUUGAGUUUUGAAGAUGUUCUUUGUUGGUUAUUGGGUGUUUAAUUUGACUUUGAUGAGAUGUGUCCUUUCUUCUUGUGUACGUCUAGUUAUUGAAGUUUUGUAGAUUUUCUUUGUUGCUUAUUUGGGUGUUUAAUUUGGCUUUGGUGAGAUGUGUCCUUUCUUCU